GGAAGAGAAGGAGGGAAAGAAUGAAGGAAAAGAAGGAGAAGAAGGAGGCGGAGAAAGAAAAGGAAGAGAAGAAGAUGGAGAAGGACAAAGAGGAGGAGGAGAAGAAGGAGGAAGAAGACGAGGAGGAGAAAGCAGAGGAGAGACGGUGGAAGAGGAGCAAAAGGAGAGGAGGAGAAGGAGCAGGGGGAGGAUCAGGAGGAGGAGCAGGGGGAGGAUCAGGAGCAGCGGGAGGCGGGCCGGGGGCGGCUCCGCACAAGCCGUAUCGCCGGCGGAGCGGGCACGCAGCGCCGGGCGCGGUGGCGCGCGCCUGUAGUCCCAGCUGCCGGGGAGGCUGAGCCCGACGGAUCGCUUGAGCCCAGGAGUUCUGGGCUGCCGUGCGCUGUGCCGAGCGGGCGUCCAAGCUAAGGCCGCCAUCAAUAUGGUGACCCGCGGGGAGCUGCGGGACACCAGGUUGACUAAGGAGGGGUGAACCGGCCCAGGUCGGAGACGGAGCAGGUCAAAGCUCCCGUGGCGGUCAGUAGCGGGAUCGCGCCUGUGAAUAGCCACGCCAGCGUAGCCUGGGCAACACAGAGACACGCGGGCU